AUGAAGAAGACGACGUUAUGGAGGAACAAUAAUGCUGCAGCUGGCCAGAGUGACAAGAGCAGCAGUACUAAUAACGUGACUGCAACUUCUGCUGCUACUGCUGGUGCUACUGCUGGUGCUGCUUCUGGUACAAAAGCAGCAGCAUCAAAGACAAAGAACAGCAGCAGCCAAUCUUCGACUGCUGCGCCGCAGAACAGCAAUCGAGGGAGUCUCGGUACCGACAAAAGACGCAGUAGCGGCAGUACAACGGCCGAUGGAGAAGACAAAUUGCCGCCUGGAUGGACACGGAAGGAGAGCAAGUCGCAGAAAGGUCGGUAUUACUAUAUCUCGCCUGCGGGCAAGACGCAGUGGGUUGCUCCACCCUCCGCUAAAACUCCGAGUGUGAAGAUAAAGAAAACAUACAACUGGCUGAGUGAGGUGGAGAUCUGUUUUCAGGAAGGUCGACUGGGCGUGAGUCUAAGGGAGGUUCAUCAGAUGGAGACUAUUUUGUACCCGCAAUUCCAAGCUGAAGUGGAUGAUCUGCCAAAAGUCAAUGGGAAAGCAGGUCCCGCCGAGCUGCACAAUUGGAGUGUUAAGGCGAACAAACGUCUGACGAUUGGUAUGCGUGUCAUCAGCAUUGAAGACGCGUCGUUGGCAGGAUUGACGUAUAAGGAGGUGGUGGCAAAACUGAAGACAGCAUCUCGGCCAGUACGUAUCAAGUUUGCUGACGUGAAAAAAGGAACUGUAGAGGAAAAUGGCGGUCGUAAGUCGGAUGGAGGCAGCGCUAAUAAUGGUACCGCCAGCACUGACUUAGUCGCUUCGGGAUACGGACACUCGACUGCUUACAUGCAGCAAAGACAGGAGUACACGCGCGUGCUUGUGACAGGAGAGCUCUAUACCGAGAUGUGGACAAUUGAAAACAAAAAGUUGCUGCGUUCGCUGACAUGCAUGCAGCACAAGUGGAGUACUGUGUCGAGUGAGUUUGAUAUCCUUAAUGCGAGACGAAUGGAGUUGCGAAAAGAGAACGACGAAAUGAAAAGUGACAAAGAAAAGUAUGAAAUGAUGUUGAAAAACCUGAAGCUGCAGGCGACUUACGCUAUGGAAAAUCCUGAGCUUGUGCGGGCCAAUGAGCUGGCCAAGCGAAAUACAGAGCUGAAUGAUGAUAUUUCUAAGAUGAGUUCUGGCAAUAAGCGGUUACGAAAGGAGAGGGAUACACUGCAGGCCCAGCUAGAUGAGCUAGAAAAGCAGCUUGCAAAAGCGAAGCAGAAAGACAAACCAGAAGAAGAGGAUCGUGUGCAGGAGGAAGACAUUUUCGGUAUCGAGCCUACUGCACCACCCAAGGAGCAGCUGUCAGCACUAAAAAAGAAAAGACGCGGGCUUGAUGACGAACUGAGUAAAGAACAGCGCAAAGCCAACAAGGUGCAAAAAGAGAUGGAGCAACUUACUAAGCAUUACGCUAGUCUCGAAAACGAGGAGCGAGGACAUACCUCCUCAACAUCCUCGCCAUCUUCUCAUCGAUCGAAAAAGGAAGGCAAAGACAAGAAUGCGUCUGCCUCGAGCGGCCAGCACGAUGACACGGGUGGUGGCAGCAAGAGCGUGACCAAGCCCAAGUCAGAGUUUGCUGACCUUGAAGCGAAGAUUUUGGAACUGCGGAAGAAGCAGAGGUCCGUGGUGGACACGUUAUCGAAGGCUGCUCAAUCGGGUGAUCAGAAGCUAGCAAAGGAGUGUCAGCGGCGGCGCCAAAAGAUCAAGGAGGAGCUAAAGGACGCACAAGACGAGCUUCAUCGGCUUAAAAAUCACGGUAAAUCAGGAGCACCACCUACACGGAGUGAGCGAUCUCGCAAAGAGAAGGUUCCGGUUGAAGCAGCAAACACGUCAAACCGUCAGCCCUCGCCGUCGGACUCGAAGAAAUCCAAGCAAUUGGGAUCGAUUACCAAGGACAACUUGAGUCCGUCGACUUCUGAUACGAGCGCUGACACUACAUUUACCACGGGCAGUUCACAUGCAGGAAAGAUGCCAAUGAUGAGUGGUUUCUUGGAAAAAGGGCCAACAGAGUGGGCAGAUCGCGGCCUCAUUGGCGGCAUGAAAGCCAUGCGGGGCGCCCGCGAGCGUUGGUGUGUCAUCACAGCCGAUGGAUUCCUCAAAUAUUACAAGCGCCGUGGUGACUCAGUCGUGCGCGGCGAGAUCAACCUCGCUGAGAAGAGUUUUGAGGUUCUCGCAGACGAUCCUGGACACGGCAAGGAGUUCGUGCUGAGCACAGAUGAGCAGCAGUCGCAUUUCUUUGCAAAGAACUCACAGGAGCUGAACAAUUGGGUGAAGACCCUCCGUGCUGCGAACGCAUAUUUACUCAACGCUGCUGCUCCGCCAUUGCCACCGGCAAAGGCAAAGCGUGGUACUAGUGACGAACAAGCGCUUGCUCGACAUGAUAGCAAACAGACACAGGAGUUCAAUCUUGAUGGGCUCGAAGACUCUCUGCCCGAAGAGGAUGAAGAGUUUUAUGGACGUGCUACUCUGGGUUUCUAA